CUCAUUCAUGUGUAACAUUUGUCUAUGUGGCAGCCARAACUUUGCUAUUUUGAGGCAAAAUAACGAUCAUGGACGAUGAAGAUGCCAUYAAAGAGAGCGUAGGAAACCUUCGUGAUGCUAUUUUGCUCGGAAGAUCUGAUAUUGUCCGCAGUAUUCUUGCYACAGCCGCCGAGUUCAGAGAAGAAGGUGAACUGUUUGGAGAUGAUGAUGAAAAUGAUCCAUUAGCAAGGCAGAGAUAUUUUGAGGAAUAUAAUGACCCUUACGACAUCCUCAAAGUCAUGUUAAACUAUGUUGAUAGUGAUGCUGGAACUUGUUUACAUCUAGCAACAAAGUUGGGUUUUAGUGAUGGAGUUCGUGCAUUGCUAUCAUCUGGAGCAGACCCUACSAUAACCAACAAAGAAGGUGCUACAGCCUUUGAUUACUGCACAGACAAAAGCAUUCUUUGUAUCUACAAUGAAGAAUUACUACAGGCAGCYGCUGGUGGAAAUAUUCCAAGAGUGACAAGACUUCUCAAAUGUGGUGUUAGUGCGAAUGCUAGUGAUGGUGCAAGAAGUGAUAACAAAGUAUUACACUGGGCAGCAAGUUAUGGAACAGAUGAAAUGGUUAAACUGUUAUGUGAAAAUAAUGCUGAUGUAAAUGUUAGAAAUGCACAAGGAGCCACACCCUUACACGAUGCAGUUAACAGAGGAGAAAUUGAAAUCAUUCAAAUUCUGCUAGAGAAUGGUGGAGACCCGACUAUCAAAGCUACUCAUGGUGUUUUAAAAGGUAAAAGUCCAACCAAUUUAGCAACUGAUGAAGAAACAAAGUGUCUUUUAGCCAGAUAUACGAGCAAUUUGGGAUCAAAGAAACCAGUUGUGAAUGGAGACAUUAACACAAAUGGAAAAGACYUGUCAGAUGCAGAAUCAUUAAAUUCAAAUAUGUCUGCUGACACCACAUCUUUAAAACCCGCUUCUCCUACAGCAUCAAAGGCCARACCUUCAUUUGAAAGCACAUCCUCUAACGUGAAGAACUCCAUUUUGAAUUUAUUAUGGCCAUCACCACAACGUGUGCUGGAAAUUGAUGGUGGGAAAUAUUUUCCCCCAGAAAUUCUUCCAGUUUUUAUACACAGAUCAGCAAGAGGCAACCAGUGGACAUUAURUUCUAUGUUGGACACAUUAGAAAGUCAGUUCAAACAAGCUGGUCACUCCAUAGAAAAAUUAAUUAUAAGAGAGUAUGAUACAAGUAGUGGAGACUUUCGCCUUAUUCCUGGAUGUAUAGAGUGUAAAAUUUGUCCAAAUGUAUUCACAAGACCUGAAAGUUACAAGAUUCAUGUGACAUCAACCAAGGUGUCAUUGAUAGCCAACGAGGAAGUCUCUAUGUGGUAUGCGAUUAAUACUCUCCUUCAAUUACUGCGUUUGUUCCAAGGGAAGGGCAUCCCUCUGAUUCAGAUAAGUGACUGGCCAGACAUCAAACAUCGGGGUGUUCUACUGGACAUAUCCACCGGAAGAGUACCAAAAAUUGAAACACUGCAUUCUGUGAUCGAUGUAUUGUCAAGUAUGAAGGUUAAUCAGUUACAGCUUUACAUGCAGAAUACGUUUGCUUUUCAUGGUCAUGACAGUGUACACAGGAAUUACACACCCUUCAAACCAAGCGAUAUCAUUUCACUUGACAAAUAUUGCUGUGAUCGCUACAUUGAAUUAGUUCCACAUAUUGAGAGUUUAUCAGGAUUUCAUCAAUGGUUAAAAUUAAAACAAUAUUCACACUUAUCAGAAAUGACUAAAGAUUUGGAUACUGCCGAUGACAGAAAUUYAUUCAGUGUUUGUCCAUCAAGCCAGGACAGUAUCAACUUUGUCACUGAUCUUCAUAAACAGCUUUUUCCUUGCUUUUCUUCAUCRAGAUUUGCCAAUGUUGGAAUYGACRUCACUGAUGAAUUUGGUAAAGGAAAAUCUUAUGUCAUUGCUGAGGCAAAAGGUGAAGAUCAACUUUAUCUUGAUUAUUUUCAACAAAUGUACAAAUCCUGUCAAUCACACAGCCKGACAAUGCAGUUUUGGUCCAACUCACUACAUGACAAACCUGAAAUAAUGCAAAAGUUACCAGCUGAUGUUAUAGCAAUGGAAUAUGGUGGAGAGGUUGACUGUGAUUUUAUGAAACACUGCAAAUUGCUCUCUGACGCUGGAGUAGGUUUUUAUGUCUGUCCUGGAAGUUUGACUUGGAAUAGUGUAUGUGCCAACACUGAUUACWGUUUGACGCUUAUCAACAAUGCCGUGCAGUCAGCGGUCUCAUGYGAUGCUCUUGGAAUACUGUUAUGUGAUUGGACGCUACCUGGUCAYGUGAAUCCCAUCCAGCUGAGUAUCCCAGCAUUCCUUGCAAUGGCAGGACUUUCUUGGAAAGCAGAUACAGAAUUGGGUGUCAUUCAAUCAACUUUACCAGAGAUAGUCAGUAGACAUGCCUUCCUGGACAGUAGCGGUACCUUUGGACAAGCUAUCAUGGACUUGGGCAAAGUGCAUGAAUGGUUGGUAUGUGAUAAUACUGUGGCAAUAAAARCUACACAGGGUGUUCAUCCGAUGAAUAAUCCUUGCAAGGGGACCCUCUUGUGGAGAACUUUGUACAAUGGUAGCAACCCUGAUAUAGAGGGUGUUAGUCUUGAAUCGGUACAGCAAGCUUCUCGCCUUAUUCGUCAAUGUCAGAAGGCAUACAAUACCGCUGAACUCAAGUGCGCCCAUAGUACUGAUAUGAUAAAAGAAUUGGACGUUACUGUUGAUAUAUUGAUAUAUCUUUGUAGGACAUUUCGAAUGAUUUUAUUGGCCAAGAAACAGAACAGUCGAGUUAAGUUUAUACAGGAUUUACCGCUGAUCAAUAAGACCGACCUCGCAAACAGGUUAUUGGGACUCAUUUCUCAUUAUCAGAAAGUUUACUUAUUACGGAAUAGACAAGGUGGAUUACUAUCAGCGAAACAACAACUACAAAAGAUAUUACAGCAAUUACUUCCACAAGACAGCCAAAUACAAACAUGAGACACCAUAUAUUACCUCUACCACGUCGCUACUCACCAGUGUACGCCUACAAAUACUUUUACUUAAGGACAGGAGAUGGAAACUGAAACAUGGCAAGCCCCAGUUGACUGCCAUCCCCUAUACAACAUUUAUAAUAUACUAUAAAAUAAACAUAGACAAACAGGCASAAAGUUAAUACAUAAAUCAUAGAAAAGUAAGAACUCAAGGAAGAAUGGAAUAAUCACAACUUGACUUAAUGUGGCUGGUACUAGUCUAGCUUAGCCCUGUAUAGCCUACUGGUUUGAAACAAUCGUCGUAUAUAUGUAUUUUUAGCAUUAUUAUCAUAGUGUAUAUGGAUUUUUA